UGGAUCAAAAAGGGUCCUAGGAAACCUGUGACUGUUGAAGAAAAUUCACCUGUCAGUUUUUGAUAUUCAAGGAAGAGUAUUUAUAUUCAUCUUUUAAACUGGGAAGAUUUAUAUUCCAUUUUAAAACUUGUUGAUAUUUACAAUGAAUGGACAUAGUGAUGAAGAAAGUGUUAGAAACAGUAGUGGAGAAUCAAGCCAGUCGGAUGAUGAUUCUGGGUCAGCUUCAGGCUCUGGAUCCGGUUCCAGUUCUGGAAGCAGUAGUGAUGGAAGCAGUAGCCAGUCAGGUAGCAGUGACUCUGACUCUGGAUCUGAAUCGGGCAGUCAGUCAGAGUCUGAGUCAGACACUUCUGGAGAGAACAAAGUUCAAGCAAAACCACCAAAAGUUGAUGGAGCUGAGUUUUGGAAAUCCAGUCCUAGUAUUCUGGCUGUUCAGAGAUCCGCAAUGCUCAAGAAGCAGCAGCAGCAGCAACAGCAACAGCAGCAACAACAGGUUUCAUCUAAUAGUGGAUCAGAAGAGGAUUCCUCUAGCAGUGAAGAUUCUGAUGACACAUCAAGUGAAAUCAAAAGGAAAAAGCAUAAAGAUGAAGAUUGGCAGAUGUCUGCAUCAGGAUCUCCAUCUCAAUCUGGUUCAGAUUCAGAAUCUGAAGAAGAAGGAGAUAAAAGCAGUUGUGAUGAAACAGAAUCUGAUUAUGAACCAAAAAACAAAGUUAAAAGUAGAAAACCUCAAAAUCGAUCUAAGUCAAAAAAUGGAAAGAAGAUUCUUGGACAAAAAAAGAGACAAAUUGAUUCAUCUGAGGAGGAGGAUGAUGAAGAUUAUGAUAAUGAUAAAAGAAGUUCUCGUCGACAAGCAACUGUCAAUGUGAGUUAUAAGGAAGAUGAAGAAAUGAAAACAGAUUCUGAUGACCUCCUUGAAGUCUGUGGAGAGGAUGUUCCUCAACCCGAGGAAGAGGAAUUUGAAACAAUAGAACGAUUUAUGGAUUGUCGGAUUGGGAGAAAAGGAGCUACUGGUGCUACAACAACCAUCUAUGCAGUUGAAGCAGAUGGUGACCCAAAUGCAGGAUUUGAAAAAAACAAGGAAUCAGGAGAAAUCCAAUAUUUAAUUAAAUGGAAAGGAUGGUCCCAUAUUCAUAAUACUUGGGAGACAGAAGAAACCCUUAAACAGCAGAACGUUAGAGGAAUGAAAAAAUUGGAUAAUUAUAAGAAAAAAGAUCAGGAAACAAAAAGAUGGUUGAAAAAUGCUUCUCCAGAAGAUGUGGAAUAUUAUAAUUGCCAGCAAGAACUUACAGAUGAUCUGCAUAAACAGUAUCAAAUAGUGGAGCGAAUAAUUGCUCAUUCCAAUCAAAAGUCAGCAGCUGGUUAUCCUGAUUAUUAUUGCAAAUGGCAGGGCCUUCCAUACUCAGAGUGCAGCUGGGAGGAUGGUGCUCUCAUUUCCAAAAAGUUUCAAGCAUGUAUAGAUGAAUAUUUUAGCAGAAAUCAAUCAAAAACCACUCCUUUUAAAGAUUGCAAAGUAUUAAAACAAAGGCCAAGAUUUGUAGCCCUAAAGAAGCAGCCAUCCUAUAUUGGGGGACAUGAAGGUUUAGAAUUAAGAGAUUAUCAACUGAAUGGCUUAAACUGGCUUGCUCACUCUUGGUGCAAAGGAAAUAGUUGCAUACUUGCCGAUGAAAUGGGCCUUGGAAAAACAAUACAGACGAUCUCAUUUCUGAAUUAUUUGUUUCAUGAACAUCAAUUAUAUGGACCUUUUCUGUUAGUAGUACCACUCUCCACUCUCACUUCCUGGCAAAGGGAAAUUCAGACAUGGGCUUCUCAAAUGAAUGCUGUGGUUUAUUUAGGUGAUAUUAACAGUAGAAACAUGAUAAGAACUCAUGAAUGGAUGCAUCCCCAGACCAAACGGUUAAAAUUUAAUAUACUGUUAACAACUUAUGAAAUUUUAUUGAAGGAUAAGGCAUUCCUUGGUGGUCUAAAUUGGGCAUUUAUAGGUGUAGAUGAAGCACAUCGAUUAAAGAAUGAUGAUUCUCUUCUGUAUAAAACUUUAAUAGACUUCAAGUCCAAUCACCGUCUCCUUAUCACUGGAACUCCUCUACAAAACUCCCUCAAAGAGCUCUGGUCUUUGCUUCAUUUCAUUAUGCCAGAAAAGUUUUCUUCCUGGGAAGAUUUUGAAGAGGAGCAUGGCAAAGGCAGAGAAUAUGGUUAUGCAAGCCUCCACAAGGAACUUGAGCCAUUUCUGUUACGCAGAGUUAAGAAAGAUGUGGAAAAAUCACUUCCUGCUAAGGUUGAGCAGAUUUUAAGAAUGGAAAUGAGUGCUUUACAGAAACAGUAUUACAAAUGGAUAUUAACUAGGAAUUACAAAGCCCUCAGCAAAGGUUCCAAGGGCAGUACCUCAGGCUUUUUGAAUAUUAUGAUGGAGCUAAAGAAAUGUUGUAAUCACUGCUACCUCAUUAAACCACCAGACAAUAAUGAAUUCUAUAAUAAACAGGAGGCCUUACAACACUUAAUCCGUAGUAGCGGAAAAUUGAUUCUUCUUGACAAGCUGUUAAUACGCCUAAGAGAAAGAGGCAAUAGAGUUCUUAUUUUUUCUCAAAUGGUGCGGAUGUUAGAUAUACUUGCAGAGUAUUUGAAAUAUCGUCAAUUCCCCUUUCAAAGAUUAGAUGGAUCAAUAAAAGGGGAGUUGAGGAAACAAGCUCUAGAUCAUUUUAAUGCUGAAGGAUCAGAGGAUUUCUGCUUUUUGCUUUCCACAAGAGCUGGAGGUCUAGGAAUUAAUUUAGCCUCAGCUGACACUGUGGUUAUAUUUGAUUCUGAUUGGAAUCCACAAAAUGAUCUUCAGGCGCAGGCUAGAGCUCAUCGUAUUGGGCAAAAGAAACAGGUGAAUAUUUAUCGUCUAGUUACAAAGGGAUCAGUGGAAGAGGAUAUUCUUGAAAGGGCCAAAAAGAAGAUGGUUCUAGAUCAUCUUGUGAUUCAAAGAAUGGACACAACUGGCAAGACAGUGCUACAUACAGGUUCUGCCCCCUCAAGUUCUACUCCUUUCAAUAAAGAAGAGUUGUCUGCCAUUUUAAAAUUUGGUGCUGAGGAACUUUUUAAGGAACCUGAAGGAGAAGAACAAGAGCCCCAGGAAAUGGAUAUCGAUGAAAUCUUGAAGAGGGCUGAAACUCAUGAAAAUGAACCAGGCCCUUUAACUGUAGGAGAUGAAUUGCUUUCCCAGUUCAAGGUUGCCAACUUUUCAAACAUGGAUGAGGAUGACAUUGAGUUGGAACCUGAACGAAAUUCAAAGAAUUGGGAAGAAAUCAUUCCAGAAGAUCAAAGAAGACGAUUAGAAGAGGAAGAAAGACAAAAAGAACUUGAAGAAAUUUAUAUGCUUCCAAGAAUGAGAAACUGUGCUAAGCAGAUUAGUUUCAAUGGAAGUGAAGGGAGGCGCAGUAGAAGCAGGAGAUAUUCUGGAUCUGAUAGUGAUUCAAUCUCAGAAAGGAAAAGGCCAAAGAAACGUGGAAGACCACGAACUAUCCCUCGAGAGAAUAUUAAAGGAUUUAGUGAUGCAGAAAUUCGGCGGUUUAUCAAGAGUUACAAGAAAUUUGGUGGCCCUCUUGAAAGAUUGGAUGCAAUAGCUCGAGAUGCUGAAUUAGUUGAUAAGUCAGAGACAGACCUCAGACGACUAGGAGAGUUGGUACAUAAUGGUUGCAUUAAAGCUUUGAAGGAUAAUUCUUCAGGAACAGAACGGACAGGUGGUAGACUUGGAAAAGUAAAGGGUCCAACAUUCCGAAUAUCAGGAGUACAAGUGAAUGCCAAGUUAGUCAUCUCCCAUGAGGAAGAAUUAAUACCAUUACAUAAAUCCAUUCCUUCAGAUCCAGAAGAAAGAAAGCAGUACACUAUCCCAUGCCAUACAAAGGCUGCUCAUUUUGAUAUAGACUGGGGCAAAGAAGAUGAUUCCAAUUUAUUAAUUGGCAUAUAUGAAUAUGGAUAUGGAAGCUGGGAAAUGAUUAAAAUGGAUCCUGACCUCAGUCUAACACACAAGAUUCUUCCAGAUGACCCUGAUAAAAAACCACAAGCAAAACAGUUGCAGACUCGGGCAGACUACCUCAUCAAAUUACUUAGUAGAGAUCUUGCAAAAAAAGAAGCUCAAAGACUUUCUGGUGCAGGAGGUUCAAAGAGGAGAAAAGCUAGAGCUAAGAAGAAUAAAUCAAUGAAGUCUAUAAAAGUGAAAGAGGAAAUAAAGAGUGAUUCUUCUCCUUUGCUCUCAGAAAAGUCCGAUGAAGAUGAUAAGUUGAGCGAAUCCAAAUCUGAUAGCAAGGAAAGAUCCAAGAAAUCUUCAGUGUCUGAUCCUUUAGUUCAUAUCACUGCAAGUGGUGAACCAGUUCCUAUAUCUGAAGAAUCUGAAGAGCUGGAUCAGAAGACAUUCAGCAUUUGUAAAGAAAGAAUGAGGCCUGUCAAAGCAGCUUUGAAACAACUUGAUAGGCCUGAGAAAGGCCUUUCAGAAAGAGAACAACUAGAGCAUACUAGACAAUGUUUAAUAAAAAUUGGUGACCAUAUCACAGAAUGUCUGAAAGAGUAUACAAAUCCUGAACAAAUCAAGCAGUGGAGAAAAAACCUGUGGAUUUUCGUAUCUAAGUUUACUGAGUUUGAUGCAAGAAAAUUACAUAAGUUAUAUAAGCAUGCUAUUAAAAAACGGCAGGAAUCUCAGCAAAAUAAUGACCAGAACAGCAACGUGAAUAUUCAAGUGAUUAGAAAUCCAGAUGUGGAAAGAUUAAAAGAAAAUACAAAUCAUGAUGAUAGCAGCAGAGACAGUUAUUCUUCUGAUAGACACUUAUCUCAGUAUCAUGAUCAUCAUAAAGACCGACAUCAGGGAGAUUCUUACAAAAAGAGUGACUCUAGGAAAAGGCCCUAUUCUUCUUUUAGUAAUGGAAAAGAUCAUCGUGAUUGGGAUCACUACAAGCAAGACAGCAGAUAUUACAGUGAUAGAGAGAAACACAGAAAACUGGAUGAUCACAGAAGUAGAGAUCACAGGUCAAAUUUGGAAGGAAGUUUAAAAGAUAGAUCUCAUUCAGAUCAUCGGUUGCAUUCAGAUCAUCGGUUACAUUCAGAUCAUCGGUCAAGUUCUGAAUAUACACAUCAUAAAUCUUCCAGGGAUUAUAGGUAUCACUCAGAUUGGCAAAUGGACCACAGAGCUUCCAGUAGUGGGCCUAGAUCACCACUAGAUCAGAGGUCUCCUUAUGGCUCCAGAUCUCCAUUUGAACAUUCAAUUGAACACAAAAGUACACCUGAGCAUACCUGGAGUAAUCGGAAAACAUAACAAAAACUGAUAUUUUGUUGUUCUGGACUUUUCUUUUAGCCAUAUAUCAUAAACCAACACAGUAAUUGCCUUACAUGACUUGAAAGAUAUAAACAGAUCUUCUAUCAGUAGCAGUAUUGUUACUUCUUUCCAGGAUGCAAGGUCUAUUAUCCCAACAGAAGAGAAAAUAUUUUUAUAUUUAAGGAUUAUGCUGCACUGUGCUACAAAUAUUGUAGUACUUUUUUUCUUUUUUUCUUUUUUAAAGAGAUGGAAAAUGUUUACUCUUACAGGGACCUCAACACUGCCCUUCCAUAUAGGCUGGAUAAACUGUUUUUAAGUCAAUGAUUUUAGACUGAACUCCAUUUAAAUUAUGUUUGUAUAUGAACUUUACUCUGACCUGUGAUCAUGUUUCAGGAAGGAAUGAAAGAGAGUUCUUUUCUUAAUAAAGAAAAAACACUCAAGGAUUUUGUUCACUUUCCAAAGCUACUUGUUUACAUUGUACACUGCGACCACCUUGCCGCUUUUCAUCACAAGCUUGAAUAUUUAAAUUCUGUACCUAUAUCUGUAAAAUAGCCAGGAACUUCCUGUUUGUGAUCUAUUAUUAUGCCUUUUUACAUACACACAAAAAAUUGACUGUAAAUUAUUGUAAAUAGAUUAAAUGAGCUUUCCUUACUUACUUCCCUUUCUCAGGCUUUUUUUGACUGUUCCUUUCCCUACCAACUCAGGCCUUCUUAUUGUUUAAAAAAAAAAAAAAUCAGUGUAACAACACUUUUUAAUUAUUUGUCUUGAUGGAAUCAUUGUUUAGAAUGUAAAAAAUGGGGAAAGGGGCUACUUAAUUCCAUUAGUCCUCUUUUUAUAUUGACUAUUUUAUUAAAUACAUGUUAUUUCGUUCCUUUUACUUUUUUAUUUUAUUUUAUUUUUUGGUCAAUAGUGUGUAUGUAGUAGCAAAAUGGUGAGAUAAUACGUAAAAUCUAAACUGCAUGCUCUGGAAACAUUUUCAGAUGCAUUUGGUUUAAAAAGGGUAAGUGUAUGAACACUCAGAAUUCAAAAUAGCCAAAAGUUAUUGUAAAUCCAUUUGUUUUCUCUUUUCAUGUGGGCAAUAAUGUCAAAUGUGCUAUGCAGCCAGGUAACAUUUUAGAUAAACUUGAUUGACUUUUAUAAUAUAACUGUUACAAUGCACACUGAUUGUAUAUAAAAACCUUAUAUAUGACAAAUUAAAUUUAAGAAAAAGGA